AUGCUGGCUCACGAGGACGGGCUUGCUGCCCCCAAAGAGAAGCGCAACACCCACUCAGGUGAUCCGCAUUGCUCAGACAAAGAGGGAGAUGGGAAGCAGCGGACCCAGCAGCAGCGGAAACCCAGCAUCAAUUUAAGCGAUCAUCAGACCUCAGACAGAGAGGAUGGACAACAACAGACCCAGCAGCAUCAGAAGUCCCAGGAAGAACAGGAUGCUGCUGGUAUUCCAGCAUGCUGUGAGGCGUUAGAUCAAGGGUCCAGUUGCCAUGAGGGCCGUAGAAGACGCCGCAUGGGGCCAUCGUCUCCAGGCCCUGAUGUUCGCGCCCCUGAAUCCACUGCGAAGAGAAAGCGUACUCCAAGCCGUCGGGUGGUGGAGGCAGCUGAAUCCGCCCUGCUUCUGGAGCAGGUUAUGGCUAGAGAGGACCUGACGGCUCGCGGAGCCCCAAACCAUCCUACCCGAUUCACUGCUGACUACCCUCGUCCGUCUUCAGAAGCAGUGCCGUCUCCUUACUUGGAGACGUACAGCACUGCUCCUGGCUACUUCGGUGAUGUCGAUACGCGCGCGGCGGCCUUGAGUGGAGCCCCGCGUCAGCAGAAGCAGCAGGCGGGGUCAUCGGAAAUAUACGGGGCUCUAGACCUGGAUGCCGGUGCGAAGGGCUGGGAGCCACAGAUGGGGAAACAGGGGACUACCAGCCGCAAAGGCGCGCAGCGGCUUAUCUCGGCUGUAGCUGAAGAGGUUCCUCUUUGUCGACGACCAUUAUUUGGAGCAGUGGAACCCAGGGACCUGUUGGGAUUUGGCAUUCCGCUGAGAGAGGUUCUGAGCACUCGAGAACGGCAGCGGGAGCAUGAGCAGCGACAGCAACCACACCGGGAGAGACAAGCAACAGCGGAGGCGCAUUUGCAGCACGAAGGGCUGCCUCACAGUGAUCAGGCGCAACAGAGAGCGCAGCAGCGAGUUGGCGAGACGCCGUCCUUUGUUGUUGAUGUGGCGGUGGUGGGCGCCGGGGUUGCAGGGUUGGCGGCUGCUGCGUACCUCAGGCGGUGCGGAGCGUCUGUAGUUGUGUUUGAGGGACGCCACCGAGUUGGGGGACGAACUUUCUCUUCUGUAAUGCCGGAGAGAGUGCUUCCAGACGGCCGCAAAGUCGAACGCGUUGUGAUCGACUUAGGCGCUUCUUACAUGCACUGUGUAACAGCACACCCCAAGGAGGCGGGAGGCGCCGCCGAUUGCCGGUGGCGCCGGGAACCUUCUCGAUCUGUCAGUGGCAUUGCAGCGGUGCUGCAGCCGGUAGUGGCUGAUGUGGCUGGGAAGCAGAACUGGGAGUCGACGCUAUUUGCAAGUUGGAGCGACGAGGCUUCUGGAAAAGAAGUACCUUUUCUUUCUGUUUUAAAGGUGCAUCAACUCCUUGAUCGGCUACGCGAAAGAACGGCGGCAAAGCUUUUGCACUUGCCCCCACCCCUCACCGAAGCAGGAGGUCCAGGGCCCCCGGCUGCUUCUUUACCCAAUACAAUCCCUGCCGCAGACUUUCUUGCCCCCUCCCUGGAUCAAUUCCUCGUUGCUUCCCUGGACAGAAGACGAUCUGCUAGCAGGCACAGCAGUGGGUUAGGGGGAGCCGGCGCAACAGAGGACGCAGCGGCCGUUACCGACCCCACUGAGGGGCGUCAUUCAAGCGUUCCUGCCAUUCAGGAGGACCUUCCCAUGCAGGAAGCGAUCGACUGCCCUGUUAGCGCCUUGGACAGCAAAGGCACUAAAGGCCACAGCAAUCAGCAGGCAGACCAUAUGAUUUGGCAGAGGAGCGACAGCGGAAGCGAAAAGGGAGAGGAGGACAGCGCCCACUACCAGCAUGACACAACAGAUCCUUGCUGUCAGUGGUCCCCCGGCUCUAAAGAGAGUGGCCUUCGCAAGCAGAACAGGAGCAUAUCGGACUCCCGGUUUGCUUUAUACUACCCCUUGGGUGAGGCAUUCGUCCGCAGAGCCAUUAGGGCAUAUGGAGGAUGUCCUCUGUGUUGCACAGGGGCGUGUGGGGGAGCCUCGCGGCGAGCUGAUGAGAGGCAUGGAACUCCCGGAGGGUCGGCAGAGGGAACUGUGAACAGCUGCAAAAGAGAGGGCAUCUGGGGUUUGCCCGCCCCUAUUGUUCAGCCGGAAGGGUGUGCUAAAAGCAUCGGGACAUCCGCUGGUGAUGCUGGGGCCGCCGACGGAGAGCUGGCACACGUUGGAGGGGCCUUUCAAACCGACUCGGCGGGGGAGGCGGGAGAAGCACCCCUUUGUAGCUUGAGCCGCAGCCAGCCUUGUGCAGGGGAUCUCGCACGGGAUGGGAGAGAUGCAGGCAAGAUGGACUCAGCUCCCCCACAGCAGCUGAUCAGGAAAGAAUUGACGAAGAAGCAGUCUGGUGUUUGCACCAGAACCCGAGGCAGCACUACCCAGAGCAGCAGCACCAGCAAUGGACAGCAACUACUUAAGGGCAACCGCCCGAAGAAGAGCAGCACGACGACAGGGGCGCAGACGCAUACACGGCUGGUCCCUCCUUUGUCGCUGCAUGACAACAGAGGUUUCCGUCGAUCGGCGUGGGAUGCUCUACAGAUUUCUCUGUGCGAAAUAUUGGCUGAGGCCGAGGCAGAUGAUGGGGUACAAGCUGGGUGCGCAAGUAGUAGAGAAGGCACUAACAGGGAUUGCCGCGCUCUAAGGCCACGUAGGCCUCCACCUAUUACUCCCACAGAAGCUCGCAUGCUACUGGUUGUCUUGCAGUCUAGACUGGGCUACGUGGGCGACCUUAGAGAGCUACCUUUGUCUGCUGUAAAAAAUUAUCCUUACGAAGUUGCUGGGGUUGGAGCAACCCUGAGAAAGGAACUACUAACCCCACAGUUGGGGCCGCCGCCGGUGCCUCUAGCUGUCCCGCCGGCGCCCAGUAUGCAGCGACUUCGCAUGCAGCAAGUUGCGCUGGAAGCAUCCCUGCAGCAGGAACAGCACGUCCGUUCUUACCCUUUUUCGGCGUCUACUGCCAAUUCUGCUGACAAACUUGUGGUGGAUGGCUGGGGCUGGCUACCCUUGUUCUUGUGCCUACAAGUGUCCCCAUUCGUUGUAACAGAAGCCACCGUCCAGUCUAUAAGUGUCAAGCAUCGUCGCCGCGAUGGUCAAGAUCGCGCAGACAGUAUUUCUGCUCCACAAACGGAAACAUCGCGGGCUUCCAUAGGGAAGACGGACGGCUCUUCUGGAGAUGGUGGCAGUGACACACAGGACGAAGAGGCUACUGGAGAUGAAGCAUUCCUCGCCGAGACCCAUCCGGUCCGCCUUCGGAUCGAAGUGAACCGCCGCCUUCGCCAUAGCGCCUCUCAUGGACUCCCACAGGCAGAGAAACAAAAUGAGCCGCCAACGCAUAUUUGGGCGCACGCCAAGUAUUGCGUAGUGGCGGUCCCACUGGCACAGCUUGCUCAAGCGCCUCUGCCUUGCACCAGAGUGUCAACCGCUGAAGAACAGCUCCCGCCAACUCUGGGCCUGAUUGACUUUUCGCCUCCCCUGGGAAUAGAUAGACGCCGCGCUCUUGCGCGGUAUAGGAUGGGUUGCCACAAUAAGGUGGUCAUUCGGUGGCACCCCGACGACGUUUUCUGGCAUGGGCGGGGCUUGCAGUUGAAUUGUCUUGAUCAGAAGUUCCAAUUUCUCAACCUUCACGCCUAUGGCAAACCAGGGUGCCUUCUUGCGCAUUGUUUUCCCCCGUUUUCCACUGGCUACGGGGGUCUCCACACUGACCAAGAGGUGGUAGCUGAAGUAUUGGCGCUUCUGCAGCAGAUGUUUGGCAUAUCUGACGCAUCUUUUCCUCGACCAGUCGAUUUUGUCGUCUCACGGUGGGACGAAGAUUGCUUCUCUCGAGGCUCUUAUUCCACGCCGGGGGUGAACGCGUACGACAACGAUCUCGACAUUAUGAGGGCCCCCCACCCUCCACAUGACCCUCGUGUGCUGUUUUGCGGAGAGCAUCUUAGCAAGGCCUAUUUUCAAUGCGUCGAUGGCGCUUUUGAUACAGGGCUACGCGCUGGGGAGGCCGUUGCUCACGAGUGUCUGCAGCUCCCGCUUCCCCCUAGAGAAGAUGGAAGAAGUUUCGCAUUGGAUUGCUUUUGCCUGCCCCCAGUGUCAGGCCAGUCUGAUGCUGCUCCUUCACCCCUUGGCAGCGAAGAGGUUCAGCGGCCCCAAAGCGCAAAUAACGCCUCGGGGGGCGAACACCAUUUUAGAGCAGCCUCAAGAACCUCGGAGGACGAAUCUUAUCAGCAAAUCUCGCAAGGUUUGCUGCCGCAGUGCCCAUUCUCGGGAUUUCCGAUGCCACCACUUCCCCGCGUGCUGCGCGGCCAUUACUUAACAGAUCAGUCAGACCUAGGCCUGACAGACGCAGAGGGGGAAAACUUGGCAGAUGCAGGGGGCGGUCGGCGCGGCCCGCAGACCUGCGAGUCGGAGCGGAGGGCCGCACAGGUUGCGGCGGCUGAAGAGUAUUUUCUUGCGCAUUGCCUGGCCUUUAUAAAAAAAGGUAGCAAGCGGCUCCUCGAGAGGCUGACACUGCAGCAUCAGGGCACCCCCAAUAAUGGCUUCCCCGUAGAGCAGUUUCCCGUUGACGAGGCAAUGCCGUUUUUUUAUGCGAACCCAGCACGUGCAUCGGGAGAUGAUAUCGCCGAAGCUACAAAGGAUGAGCCUCCUGCGGUGCCGGUUGUCAACAGUUUAUCAGAGGCCGCACUCAGCUUCUUACAGCGCUUACCUACGGCUGCUCAGCGUCUGUUUUACAGGACCUUUCUUUCGGCAUUCCCUUUGACUCCGCCCUUGUUAAGUGGUGACCCAGAGCAGGAGCAAAAUUGCCAGCACACCUCGCCGCAACAGGAGCAGCAGGAUGGCAGCCAUGUAGGGCCAGAAGGCCAACAACAGUUUCAGCUUCCCCUUCUAGCUGAUCUCCUUGAUGCCCUCUUUCUCACAACGAACGACUCUGGCGCGAACGAAAUUAACCAAGAUGCUCCCCUCAACGAGACGGCACUCUUGCUGUCCCAGCAGUUUGCUCGUCGUCUAAAGCGCGGCUCUGGCGGCAAGGCGUUGGAUAUGGAGACUUUCCUGUUGCUGCUUGCGAAGAAGAACAGCCUAAUCCGAGAUGCAGUGCUCAGCCCUAUUCGCGCCCUGGCGCAUGGAUUCCAGCGACACAGUGAGCAGAGAGGACCGCCGACGGAGACCGAAGUGGCCGAGGUGCCUUCGGCACCGGCUGAAGCAGCGGGAGCUUCGCUGGAGCGCUUCGUGAAGGAACUAAUGCUGCCUGCUCUCCCUGCCCAUGCAAGAAACACAAAGCCCCCUCGAAUGGCGGCUGUCUCGGUGGGCGUGCUGUUGAUGGAGACCCUUGAGAGGCUUUGUGCUGCAAUCCCGGAAGCUCCCGACGGAGAGCAGCUGAAACGGGGAGCCACCAUCAUAGAAGACUUGGUGCUGAAAAACCUCGCGAACAGCCAGUUUGUCUCGGCCAUUGGAAGCAGUGGGAUGGCCGGCGGAGCACCGUCGAAAAGACAAGCGGCAGCCGAGUUGUCGGAUCCUUUGCAGCAUGAGCAGUUAUGCUGGCUGUGUCGCGGGGAGGGGGAUUUGCUGCUGUGCGAUGGGCUGCCUCCAGCUGCGACAUCUUCAGGCGCAACGGUUGGAGGCGACUCCUCCGACUUGAGCCCCUCAGCAGCUCGUCCAAGGCCGUGUCGUCAUGUGUUCCACAUUGGCUGUGCAUUUCCGCCACCGACACCCGCAGAACUGCAGCCGAAUGCCCACUGGAGCUGUCCAUUGUGUAAAGCAAAGGCCUUCAGAGAACGCCAUGGUCUUCAGCACGCUCAUUCGGACGGGGGCCAGCAGGAGGGGGGAAGGGAGCACGAGCAACAUUGUUCCCAAACCGGCGAGGGACAGCACGAGCGCGCAGAGCAGUCAGUGAGCACUGUCAAUAUGGAGAGGGUUGGCGGGGAUACUGGCUUCGGGGGGGACCUACUGCGUUACAUUUUCGAGUCGGUGGAGCGUCUUGCACAGCAAGGAACCGAAGAAAGGACUGCAUACCAGUCUCAGCGGCAGCUGGCAGUAUGUGAAGACUUGCAGAUGGCUGCACUAAAGCGGCUUUUCGUUGAUAAAGCUCGGAGUUUGCUUGCUCGGACCCGGCAGCUGUGCAAGCGGUUGCAGAACCUUCAGUCUGUGAGGAUGAGGUCGUGGGUAGCAGCAAACCGCCGGAAGCUGCGCAUGCGCCCGAAAGCCGGCUGCCGCGAACACCCAAAGCCGGAGGCUUCCGACUCUACAGAGCACACGGGAGUGAGAGGGCAGACCCCUUCGAAACAUACACAAGGACCGCCGCUGGCAAGGCGUGCAACGGAUUCUUGCUCACCCGACAGAGAAAAAGGUUCUGAGCAGAAAAUCCAAGAGAACAGGGGCACGGGUAAGCUUGACGACAUGGGGCAGCACGACGCCCAAGCAGCAUCAGCUGAUGGCGCUUCGGCAACAGAUAGAGAACGAAAGCAGCUUCAGUCUGGAGAAGAAGAAGAGCGCGCUCGCUCCACGCGCACCUACGCUCCUUUUGGAAACUCUGGAGGCCUUGUCGCAGCUACAGGAAGCAGCCAAAUUGAUUCAGACCGCACUGUGACGGCCAAUGCAGCCUUGGAGCAGACCCAAGUUAACCGUGAGGAUUACGGGGAGAAGGAUAUCUCAGAUGGGUCACAGGAUGAGGUUUCAUCGGGAGAUGAAGCAGACCGUCCCAUGGAUCCAUUUGCUGCCGCUGCGCAAACACCCAGAUUUGCCAGAGCCCUGAGCGUGCUGUCGCGCGUCCAAGCAACAGACGGCUCCGCCUUACCCUUGAGCGUCUCACUGUUGCAGCACCUGCAUCAUUCAGCCCACGGCUGCUACUGUAAGCGUAGGAGCCAGCCUGCCCAGGAAGAAGUGAGGCUUGAAGACACAAGCGGCAGCAGCAUGGAGAAAAAGGAGUUCUGCGGUUGCAGAGCCGACACUUCGUUGAAGAACGGUGACUGCAUGUGUUUAAAGUUGGCUCACAAGAAUGCAGUGGCUGCUCUGAGGGGCCUACUUGUGUUUGGGAAGCACAAUCCUGCGGCUGCAGCCCAGGCGGGGCGCCGCUUGCGUUGCUUGGCACCCCACGUUAGCUCCAAAGAUGCAGAUAUAGAGGCCCUCUGUCAAGGUGAACCGGCAUGGCUGAAUCGGUUGGUCAGACCCUCGAGGCGGCGGCGCCCUCAACAGCCUCGCACAGCAUCAAGAGGCGUCGUUGUUCCAGAGGCUUCCUCUGUGCAGCUGUCCCGUCAACAAGCUUCGCUGCGAGCUUCCCGGCUUCAAGCUCAUCAGAGGCAUAGAGAGCCAAAUGUGAAUCCAUGCAGAGAGAAUGUUGCCAACGCGCAGCAGCACAUAGCUGAAACUGACCUCCAUAGAGCUGCCGGCGUAUCCUGCGCUGCAGCACCAGCAACGGCAUUAACGGGGCGCCCUGUUGCGCAACUACCGUUCCCCAUUUUGGCGCAGCAUUUCCCUCCUGCGGUUGCGUCUGCGGCGCCACAAGGAACACAAUCAGAGGCGAUCACCCGAGCGCUGCGCUCCCUUUGGCAGCAACUGCCGGCGGGAAGGGAGCAACAGCAGCAGCAGCAGCAGCAGCAGCGACGGCAGCAGGAAUGCCCGCCAGCCGGAAGAGUAAGUAGUAUAUCAGUUCAGCAGCCGCUUAUGCAGCAGCAACUGCAACAGCAACUACAACUGCAACAGCAACUGCAAUUGCAGCAGCAACUGCAAAUGCAACUGCAACAGCACCUGCAACAGCAGCUACACCAGCAGCUGCAACAGCACAUACUGCAGCAGGAGCGAUCUGCAGCAGUGUUCCGAUCCACACAGGGGAGAUGGCCGCCAUCUGCAACCAGCGCUGGCGAGAGGAAUUCUGGACUGGCGCAGCACCUUUCGCUACUUCGUGCUACUCAACCACAGGCUGCAUCGGUUCCUCAAUCUGUCGCAACUCCAGGAAUAGAACAGCAACUGGAGCGCCAGUUACAGGAGCUGCUAAGACGGCAACGACUCCAAGCUUCCUUAAGGGACGUGCAACGCCGCUUGGGAGAAGUGCCACCAGCGCAGCCGCAAGUAAGCACUAGCCCACAGCAAGAACCGCUGCAACAGCAGCUUCCGCCGGCCAGGAUGCAACAGACGCAGCAGGGCGACUCGGAGCAGCAGCGCUUGAGGGAACGUUUGCUUCGCUUACAGCAGCUUCAAAGGCAACUUCUUCUUCUGCAACAACGUCAGCGAGGUGGCUCUUCUGGUGAAGGUCAAGCAUGA